AUGGGAACAAUCAGUCAACCUCAUCAAGAUGGUGCACAAGUGUAUUUGGCUCUCCUAGGCUCAUCUUUCGGAGAUUCAGAACCCUUUCGUGUGUUCGAGCCAAAGUUCAUAAGAGCAGACAUUGGACAAUCUCGAAUCGAUACCGGAGUGUCGAAUUCUAUUUGUGUAACCUUCGCUCUGAAUGUUGAUAUUUUUGUUUCCGAAAACUUUACGAUCAAGAUCGGAAACUUAAGUGGAAUUACUCAUCCGAUCGGUCCCAUUCCAAUCUAUUCAUGCGAUGAUUUGAGGAUUCCUUCACAUUCGGCAAGCAUGGACAUCGAAUUCUCAUCUCUGAGCGUAAAUCUCGAAUUCAACUUGCACAAGGGUAUUUCAUAUGCGUUUGGAUUUGACGUGGUAAAUCCCACAACUCCCCAGUCAUCACCAGAUAUUUACAUAAUGGCAGUCGGACCUUACAAUGUGAAAAUGAGCUAUUUUCAAACAAUCCUUCCUAAUCUUCCGGUCAUUUCUCGCUUUCGAUUGACUGUGCAAGUUGAAAACUGGUGGACCACGGAAAUUUUCGUUCCAGAGAAUCAUGAUUUGCCUUUGUAUUCGUACGUUCGAAUAGGAGAUGAGCUUAUGACCAUUGUAGAAUCGACGGAGCGUGAGGUUAUAGUUCAAAGAUGUGUUCACAACACAGUUUGUACCAAGCACAUAGCUGGCGAAACUGUUUUUGCUUACGCUGUAGGAGCGCGCAUUGACAAAGCAGUCCAAACCCUUCCGAAUUGGAUACAAUCGAACUUUCUCUGA